AUGUACCAAGAAGAUAUAUACGUCGGGAUGGCGCUGAGAAAUGCUGGGCUGAAAGAAUGUCCUCUAAAACCGAGCCUGCAAAUAAUCCCGGAAAGGUCAGAGGUGUAUUACGUAAACGAAGUAUAUGUUACAAACGUGACUCUCAAUGUGAGAAAACUAGGAAGAAGAGGAGCUACUAUUGUCAACCUUUAUUUUACGCUUCUUUAUGAGGUUGGAAAUAAUGUGACGGUAGAUAUAAUAUUCUAUGAGUACUUGCAUAACGAGUACAAAAGGUCAUUUGUAGAAAUGCACUUUCAAGUUUGCAAUAUGUACCAAGAAGAUAUAUACGUCGGGAUGGCGCUGAGAAAUGCUGGGCUGAAAGAAUGUCCUCUAAAACCGGGUUCGUACGCAUUUGCAAAUAUGACCAUCCCUAACGUCGAAAAAUUCCCAUACGUCUGGCCUUUUGAAAAGGCAAAAGUCACUGCAAUAAUUUCGAAUCCGAAAACAGGAGUGACUAUAGCCAAAGGCAGUAUAACAAUUUUGUUCAAAAAUAAAAAAGUUUGA